GGGACAUUACUCCAGCUGUAUUGCAAAAUGUCAACAACAGCCACAUUGACACAGACAGAGGCUUUCCCUCCAUUGAAGAAUGACCUCAUUCUUCGUGCUGCAAGAGGACAGCCAACUGAACGUGUGCCUGUGUGGUUGAUGCGGCAGGCUGGCAGGUACCUCCCAGAGUAUGGUGAAUUUAAAUUGAAGCAUAAUGUUGGCUUCUUUGACAUGGUGAAAACUCCCAGUAUGGCCUGCGAAAUAACUCUACAGCCUUUAAGAAGAUUCAACCUAGAUGCAGCAAUUAUAUUUUCUGACAUCCUAGUUAUUCCACAAGUUCUAGGCAUGGGAGUUGAUGUUGUUGAGGGAAAGGGUGUAAUAUUUGACUUCCUGCUGCAAACUCCCGAUGACCUUGACAAGCUUCACCAGGACGCCGAUGUUGUGCGCGAUCUCAGUUACGUGAUGGAUGCAAUCACCAUGACGCGGCAUGCACUCAAUGGGCAGUGUCCACUCUUUGGAUUCUCAGGGGCACCGUGGACGUUGAUGAAGUUCAUGAUAGAUGGUGGAUCCCACUCUCCGCUGCCAAAGGCCCGUAAGUGGCUGGUUACCUACCCAGACGCCAGUCGGAAACUCCUACAGUUGCUAUGUGAGAAAGUGGUCGACUAUCUUGUGGCACAGGUCAAGGCAGGGGCACAGAUUCUGCAAGUAUUUGAAUCGUGUGCUGGUGAGCUGGGACCAGACCAUUUUGCAGAAUUCUCACUGCCUUAUCUCAAGGACAUAGCUUAUAGGACAAAGGAAAAGCUUUGCGAAACUGGAUUUGAACCUGUGCCUAUGGUUGUGUUCGCAAAGGAUGCCCACUUUGCUAUAGAUGAUCUUUCAAACAGUGGCUAUGACGUUGUCUCCCUUGAUUGGACUAUAAACCCAACACAUGCAAGGCGAAUAGCAGGAAAACAUGUGACCUUGCAAGGAAAUCUGAACCCGUGUCUUCUGUAUGCUAAGGAGGGUGAGCUUAAGUCUGCAGUGAAGACUAUGUUGCAGAGGUUUGGAACGCAGCGUUACAUUGCCAAUCUCGGACAUGGCGUUCAUAAAGAUGUUAACCCUGACAAUGUAGAGACAUUUGUCAACGCAGUUCAUAUGUUCUCUGAGGAUAUAAAUGCCACAUCCUAGCAUCUGUGAUAUCUUUCAUAAUCAGCAUUUUUAAUAGGUGGUUGGCCCAGAUUUUCAGUCAAUUAUAGACAAUGGUUCUUUUAUUCACAACCAGAUUGGCUGAAAAUUGGGCACAAACGAACUGUCUUUAUUUAGAAUUUAUGAAGAGGUCUUCAGAAAUAAAGAAAUAUUUGCUUGAUUUAUUUCUGGAGGUUCUAAAUAAAGUCACGCAUAUCAUAGAAGGCACUGUUGUAAAUGGAUGCAUUUAUAAAAUUAUAUAUUAAUUUUCAGUUCACAAUUUAAAUACAUAUUCAUGGGUCAAUAUUCAAGACACUUUUAUGACCUAUUUGGAGGUAGUUUUUAAUGUGUGAAUGACCCAUAUAUGUUUGUGUAUUACAAUUUCUACAACUUUUACUGACUUGUUUUGGACAAAAAUAAAAAAUAAAAAAUGAGAAAAUUUCAGACCAAUUAUUUGUUUACACUUUUUGAAACUGAAAUCGGUCUGGCUUGGUCAAACUCGGUCCAGACUGGCAAAUUGCCGGUUUUUAGAAGCCCUGAUUGUUAUUAUUUAUUGAAAUAACUUUUAUUGUUAAAUAUGUUUUUGCACAUCAAUUCAAAAUUUCUUUAAUGAAUGAAAAUGACAUCUGAUUGUAUAAUCUUUUCGGUUAUAAUUUUUUUUUCUUUGAUCUAAUUCUAUGUUUAGAAUUAUCAUGAGACUGUUAAUUUAUAAACAAUAUGAAGAAGUGUUCAUUUUUUUCAUUCUUAAAGAUUGCAAUGUUCAUGGACCAAACAAUUGUUGACCUCCGCAUGGUUAUGCCACAACAUGUGUUUACAGUCACAGUUACACUGCCUUUUUUGAAGUUGAAAAGAUGAGGUGCUUUUGUUUUGCCUAUUUAUGUGUGUACAUAUACUAGAAGCAGAUUUAGUCAUAUACAUGAUAUGGAAUUUUACAUAAUUUUGUUUAGCAAUUUAUAUGACUGACUUAUAGCCAAGAUUUUUUUUAAUAAUGCAUUUUCUAGUGGUGUUAUUUUUAACCAGCUGUUGAUCAUUAGAUGAGUUUUUCUUGUUGUGAGUCCAUUUGCUACAGUGAAGGAUAGCCAAUAUAUUAUUAUUUCUUGAUUAAACAGAUAUAAAUUAAAUGUGUCCUUCUUUGCUAC